AUGGACCGAAAUACAACAGGUCUUUAUGAUACGCUUGGACUACAGAAGAAUUGUACACCUGAGGAAAUUAAAAAGGCCUAUCGACGUCUUGCUCUUCGCUACCACCCUGACAAAAACCCUGGAAGUACUGAUCAGGUACUUGGCGAUGAACAAAAGCGCCGAGUUUACGAUCGACAUGGAGAACUGGGUCUUCAAAUGAUGGGUACAGUAGCAAGCCCAUUAUUUGACCCCGAGAUUGAGAGUAUGCUCUGCGCCGCCUUCAGCCUUCUGUCACUUGUUUUAGCCCUGUUUAUUAUUUUCUUUGCUUUUCUGACUGUUCGGAUCGAUGGAAUUACCCAGUGGGGCUGGGCUGUGGUCUGGAUUCCGCUCUGGAUUAUAGAUGUGAUUGGUUGUUUUGUUUCCUUUCAACAGGUCCUCAGAGGAUUCUCAAAGGCAGAAGACGACGAAGACGAUAGCGAGUACGACCAAGACGACGAGGAACGUAGAGAACGGCGGCGACAUUCAUCGGAAGAAAGCCAGGACGGAGAAAGAAAAAAGGCAUCCCGAAGAAGAAUUCGGGUGAUGGGCCGUCUGCUGCACUUUGUGUACUGGUUACUGCUUGUCAUCUUCCAAGUCUUUAUUGUCGUUCGUCUGGAUAAUACGGUAGAUUGGUCAGCUGCGGCAGUAUUUGCUCCUUAUUUUGCUCUAGAGGGAAUACAUUUCCUAUUGAAUUCCUUUGAACUCUUCAUGGCCGUACUUGCCUAUCGACGCAUGAACCCAAAUGAGCCUCUCAGUCUAAAAACCAUAUCUAGCCUGGUAUUUAAGCAGUACUGGUUCUUUGUGCUCCGACUCAUCUGGUUUAUCCUGAUGGCUUUGAGAAUCGACCAAACAAUCACUUGUUCUUGGGCAGUUGUCUUUAUCCCUCUCUAUUUGGUCGGUCUCAAGUAUGCAGUCCAACUCUGGUUGAACUACCGCAUGUAUUCCCAUCUACCCCAACCAGAGAUUGCCAGACAAGGCAAGGCAACUACUAUGGUAGCCAUGGCUGGAUUUGUUAUUGUGGGCACCUUAUUCUACGCUUUGGUCGGUUUGAUCGCUAAACGUCUUGACGGCUCUGAAUCUAUCAAGAUGUCACAUGUGUUUGUACCGAUCUUUAUUGUCCUAUCUUUCUUGAUUUGUUGUACUGGCUGCUGUCUUCCUUGUAUGCUUUUUCUUUCAUCUGUAACGGACCUCGAAGAUCCUGAACAGCAACAGCAACUGGUGGAUCCUAACAGAAGGAUAACACAGUCUGGUGAGGCAUCCUAUCAAAACAGCGAGUAUUCUACUCGUACAUAA